AUGACGAUUUGGAACGCAAUUCUGCGACAAUGUCUGACUGCUUCAAGUAUGCAUCGGCUGCGGCAUUCAGUGAAUCGUCUAGGUGGGAUGAUGCGUUCAUUCUGUGAGUGUCGUACUGUUGUGCGAAACAGGAGGUAA